AACCUCCCAAAUGCCCAGCACCCAAAAUUGCCCUCCCUCAGCGAUGAAAUUUUUCUUUCCGAAGAGGCAAGCGUCUCCCCUUGCAAACCCCUCGGAGACCACCCUCGCGAUCCAGCCGUCAGCCAGUCGACCCGUCUUCGCAAGACAUUGGCGACAGCAUCUCCAGCUACGUCUACUGACUCCAUCUCUGCCCCCCGAUCCGCAACAGCCACCCGGCCUCCCACCGAGCGACUGUUCGACUGUUCGGCCUGUCAUUCCCGCCUACGCGCGACCCUUCCCUCUCCCACACCGCACCCUGCACCGCACCGCUGCGCAUCCUCUCCCAACACCGCAAUCAUGCCGCCCAAGAAGAAGGAGCAACAGAAGAUGUCCCUCGGGGCCUUCUUGAGUGAAGAGAAGUACGGUGGAUCCUGGGCUGAUGAGGUCGAGGACGUUGUCGGCUCCCAACCUCUGCCUCCCCCGACCGUCGAACGCAAGGGUGGCUUUUCCAGCUAUUCUGGUGGCUAUGGCUCUGGUAGCAACGAUCGAGGCUACCCUCCCCGUGACUCCUUCCCGACUCAACUGCCUACCAAGCCACCUUAUACCGCUCAUCUUGGCAACCUCUCUUACGAAGCAACCAGCGAGAGUGUAACUGAUUUCUUCAGCGACUGCGAAAUCACCAGCGUUCGCAUCAUCGAAGACCGAAUCGAACAACGUCCUAAAGGAUUCGCUUACGCUGAAUUUGCUACUGUUGAUGGACUCAAAAAAGCUCUAACUCUUGAUGGAUCCAGCUUCCAGGGCCGGACUAUCAAGGUCAGGAUCGCAGAUCCUCCUAAGGAGCGUGAGAACCGUGGCGACUCCGCUCGUGACUUGCCUAGCUGGGAACGUAAAGGGCCCCUAGCCGACGACCCUUCUCGGAGCAGCAGUCGACGCCCUAACGAUUUUGGUGACCGUGGUGACCGCGGUGAUCGUCGGACCCCCAGUUUCCGUGAGGGCCCGGCAGACGAUGGAAAGUUACGAGACUUUGGCAAUUGGGAGCGAAAGGGUCCUCUAUCUCCUCUUCCACAGCCCGAACGCUCAAUGUCGCGCACUGAUAGCCGUCCCCGGAAUGAAGCCGGUCGCGGAGAAUCUUUCCGACAGGAUCGCAAAUCUUCAUCUGCGACUUGGGGUGAGGGACGCCAGGAAGGCUCACGACCUCCUAGAGAAUUCAAAGACCGGCCCGAGCGCCCAGAACGGGCUCCCACUGCUGCGGAGCUUGACAACCAAUGGCGUAGCAACAUGCGUGCUCCUGUUCAAUCCCCAGAACAAUCACGUGAAGGUAGCGAAGCGCCACCUUCUCCAGCUGCCCCAGCUCCGGCUACCAUGGCCACCGGCGGCCGCCCUAGACUUCAACUGGCGAAGAGGACAGUUUCAGAAGCGCCAGAUGUUACAUCACCAAGCGCAGGCGGAGAUGCGAAAGCGAGCCCCUUCGGUGCUGCCCGUCCUAUUGAUACGGCAGCAAAGGAGCGUGAGAUUGCAGAUAAGCGUGAUCAAGCUCUGAAAGAAAAGAAAGAAGCCGAGGAGAAGGCAAAGGAAGAGCGUCGGUUAGCCAAGGAAGCUGCUGCGAAGGAGGCUGAGGAGAAGGCGGCCGCUGAAGCUGAAGCUGAGGCUGAGGCGGCUCAGGCGGAGACAACGGAGGAGAAAACUGAAGCUCCUGUAGAAUCUAAGGAACCAGCAGCAGAGACUGCCCAGGACGGUGCCUCGGGUGAUCAGAAGUUGCCCUCUCGACCUAAAGAGAUCCAGCAGAACCCUAAGUCGCGGGCAACAGAAAGUGGCAAUUGGAGGACAGCAUCAGGAGAGCAACGACAAGGCCGUGGUGGUUACGUUAAUGCACCACGUGGUCGCGGAGAUGCUCGAGGACGUGGUGCGCCUCGUGGCCCUCGGGGCAGUUAUGAAGGCAGAGGCCCUCGUGUAAAUGGAAACCCACCCCCUACUCCUACUACACAGCAGGCUCCGCAACCCGCUUCUACUACUACCGAAGCUGAGGCGGCCCCUACCCAAGAUCCUGAUGGAUGGACCACUGUACCGUCUAAAGGUCGUCGUCAGCGUGUCUGAAGCAAGAUAAUGGACGGUCUAUAAUAAAAGAUUUUCACAACCUGGGUGUUCACCUACUUGGCGUUUUGAUUGGCCUUACCAACGCAGGCAGUUUCUCUGAUUUUAAUUUACAACCUCGUACGCAGAGGGCCUUUUCUUAAGCCUAGGUAUCUCUUGUGCUUCGGAUCUCGGUGACGUGCUGGAAAAUUAACAGCUUCUACUGGAUACCCCGCCUCUUUCGGCUCAUCCUGCGGUCGAUAUGUUCCAGCUUAUUCGACCCCUCCUUCCUCCCCCCUUUUUUUUCCUCUCCCUCCUUAUCCUUUUUCGACUAUUCUGGCACACACACAUCUGGCAUAGAAUUUCGCUCGAUACAACACACACACGCACACACAACGCAAGAGGCCUUUAAUCAGAUGAAAGUCAAGCGGAUUUACAUUUUGUCGAAGUUAAGUAGAAAAAGGUACAAAG